UGAACUCAUGGUACAGCAUGCCAGUGGUGCGCGAAUGGUGUGACUGCGAACCAACAAGCCAUAGAACCGAUAAAGUAAUUCAGCGUACCAUCAUCAACUUUUUCUUUUUCAAGCAACAGCUGUGAAAGGGCCAACGCCAAGAUGAGUUUGCUCGCCAAAAUAGCCGAAAUAGAGAACGAGAUGGCUCGCACUCAGAAAAAUAAGGCCACAGCUCACCAUCUGGGUCUGCUGAAGGCAAGAUUAGCCAAACUGAGGAGAGAGCUCAUAACUCCUAAAGGAGGCAGUGGAGGAGGCACUGGAGAGGGUUUUGAUGUGGCAAAAACUGGUGAUGCUCGAAUAGGUUUUGUGGGUUUCCCAUCAGUGGGUAAAUCCACUCUUCUGAGUAACCUGGCUGGCGUGUACUCUGAAGUAGCUGCCUAUGAGUUCACCACACUGACAACUGUUCCAGGUGUCAUCCGUUAUAAAGGAGCCAAGAUCCAGCUUCUGGAUCUCCCAGGAAUCAUUGAGGGAGCCAAAGAUGGCAAGGGUAGAGGACGUCAAGUCAUUGCCGUUGCUCGCACUUGCAACCUCAUCCUGAUCGUCUUGGACGUUCUGAAGCCUCUAGGACACAAGAAGCUCAUUGAGCAUGAGUUGGAGGGGUUCGGCAUCCGUCUCAACAAGAAACCACCAAAUAUCGGCUUCAAGAAAAAAGACAAGGGUGGAAUUAACUUCACUGCCACUUGUGCCCAAAGUGAGUUGGACGCUGAGACAGUGAAGAGCAUCCUUUCAGAGUAUAAGAUCCACAACGCAGAUAUAACCCUACGAAGCGACGCGACAGCUGACGACCUCAUCGAUGUAGUUGAGGGAAACCGGGUUUAUAUCCCUUGCAUUUAUGUCCUUAACAAAAUCGACCAGAUCUCUAUUGAGGAGUUGGACAUUAUCUACAAAAUCCCUCAUUGUGUGCCAAUCUCAGCGCACCACCGCUGGAACUUUGACGAUCUGCUGGAAAGAAUCUGGGACUACCUGCAUCUAGUGCGCAUUUACACAAAACCAAAAGGACAGCUUCCUGAUUACACAUCACCGGUAGUACUUCCAGAUGGAACGACAGCUGUCGAGGACUUCUGCUUAAAGAUCCACAAAAAUCUCAUUAAAGAGUUCAAAUAUGCAUUGGUGUGGGGGUCGUCAGUGAAGCAUAACCCACAGAAAGUCGGCAAAGACCAUGUGAUGGAGGACGAAGAUGUGAUUCAGCUGGUGAAGAAAUAAAAGGACUCUGGAGCUUUGCAUGAUUAUUACACUUCAUGAAAGAAGCGAUAAGACAUUACCUGAAGGUUCCCAUGGCAUCUUUUUUUUUUUUUUUUUUUUUCAGUUUUUAUUUUUGGACAUGGACAAUGUAUGAUUGCAAAUCACAUUAAUUUGACUCCUCGUACUUGGCUCGGCAUCAUAAAUAGCUUGAUUACAGAUAUAAAGUAACUCAAUUAUAUAUGUGGGCUGAAAAACAAAGUGAACUUAAUAAAAAUCCUGGUAUUAAAACCCCUGCAUUUCUGUAUGUGAAACUGAUGUAUAAUGCAAUAUAGUUGAUCCGUUAGAAGUCUUUGUUGAAUAUUUAGCAUUGUUUAGCAGGUGACCAAGAAUUACUGAGAUGUUUAAUCAGGAACACACUACUACAUAUGGUUUAAUUCAGUAGUCGUGUGGCUGGUUACACACAACACCCCCCUCUCUCACUAUCAGUCACUCUGGAUAACCAGGCCACUUAAGAGGAUGAAACGGACAGGGAAUGAUACACACCAUCGAAAGCACUGAUGCCCUUAAAUUGCCCCACUCACUAGGGACAUUUGACGUUAUGAAUGCGUGAUUGGUGCAAGUUGCCUCAAAGGUUAAUCAUUCCAAAAGUUGUUUUUGCCUUUGUGCUGAUGUUCAACAGUGCUACUGCUACAAAAAUAAUUUUAUGUUUUUCCUAGUGGUAUGUACCAUCAGGGAUCCAAGUCUUGGAAAACCUAUCAGAGAGUUUGGUAACCCUGUACAAUAAGGUUGUAUUUGUUAACAAUUAUUUAAUGCAUGAACUACCAAUGAACAAUAUUUUUAGAGCAUUUAUUAAUCUGUUCAUUUUGAUGUGUCAAAAUACUAUUGUUCAUUGUUAGUUGAUGUUAGUUCAUAAAGCAUUAAUGUUAACAUGCAUCUUUUCAUUUUAAAAAUGUAUUUGUUGAAAUUAACAUUAACCAAGAUUAAUAAGUGGUGUAAAAGUAUUUAGUUUGUUAACAA